AUGUGGUACGUUGAACUCCUCAACUCCAAUGACUUCUGUGAGAAAUUGGAUCGCCAAAAAUUUGCCAGCAUUCUGGUGAGCCUUUCUCAGCGCGAUUCCGGCGACAGAGGCAUGUUCGAUGAUUGUGAGGUGGAUCUGCCCUCGCACCGGCCGCAGGAGAGAGUGAUACCGGAACACAUUUCUGGCACGUACACGAGGCCAGGCAAGCCGGCAGGUGCAUCUGCGGUGGCAGACAUCGGGGACGAUCAUCGUCGCUACCUGAGGCUAUGUAUUAUCAAUGCGUGGCAGAAGCUCAAUGAGUAUUACAUCAAGCUAGGAGAGUCUCCGCUGUUCGCGGCAUCGGUUAUCCUUCAUCCCGGGCUCGGUAUCAGAUACCUAGAAAUAAACUGGGCAACGGAAGAGCAGCUUGUAUGGGUACGAGACGCCAAGACGGGGCUCUCGAGAUACAUUGACAAGUGGUACCGUCCGUUGGUGCCGCAUGGUUCCUGCGAGACAUCUACCGGAGGGCCUGCAACGAUGUUGGUAGCUCCUGACAAGCCACACGAAGCGAGCGACUUCAGACAAUGGGUCAUGAGUAGAAUGAGCAGGGCGACAGCAACGGGCAGUGAGCUUGAUAGGUAUAUGCGGCUGGAGUCUCAGGAGACGGAUGACCCAGUCCGAUGGUGGAUGGCACACCAAGGGUCGUUCCCGGUGCUCAGCCAGCUGGCGCUUGAUGUUUUGGCCAUACCGGCGAUGGCUGCAGACUGCGAAAGAUCGUUCAGCCUUGCGAAAUUAUCAUUGACAUCGCAGAGGCUUUCGAUGAGUUCAACAACGCUGGAGGCGCUGCAGUGCCUCAAGAACUGGACCAGGCACGGGGCUGUGAAGUUGGGAUCCGCCCGUUUACAUCGCGGGUUGAGCGACGGCGUUUGUGAUGUAGUCCAUCUGCCCAGCAUUUGA